AUGGCCACAGCAUCACCUCAACAUUUGUUGGAUGAAGUACCUAACACUGGCCAACAACAGGAACAUCAGCAGCAGCAAGAAUUUCUUCACUCACUGGAGACAGUUGUCCUCACUAUCUUUCUGUCCAUCAUUAUCAUAAUGACAGUGUUUGGUAACCUGCUGGUCAUGGUGGCACUCUGCAAGGACAGACAUUUACGAAAGAAGAAGACAAACUAUUUCAUUGUGUCACUGGCGUUUGCUGACUUGCUGGUUGCCGUGGUGGUGAUGCCUUUCGCUGCAAUCGAGCUGACCACCGGACAGUGGCGUUACGGAGAGAUCUUCUGCCUGGUCAGAACAUCUUUGGAUGUUUUGUUAACUACAGCAUCCAUUCUGCAUCUCUGCUGCAUUGCACUAGACAGGUAUUAUGCUAUCUGCUGCCAGCCUCUGGUGUACAGGCACAAGAUGACCCCCAUCAGAGUUGCAGCGAUGCUCAGCGGCUGCUGGCUGAUCCCCACAUUCAUCUCCUUCCUUCCCAUAAUGCAAAGCUGGAACGCCAUCGGCAUUGAAGAUAUUAUUGAGGAAAGGCGAGCUCUGACAGGAGGCUCCAACGACACAAGCUGUGUGUUUUUGGUCAACCGGCCAUACGCACUGAUCUGCUCUGCUGUUGCCUUCUACGUCCCGUUAGCACUCAUGGUCCUGGCCUACCAGCGUAUCUACGUCACUGCCAUGACCCAUGUGCGACAGAUUGAGACACUUCAGCGAGCAGGCUCUGCUCCUGUUUCUGGGACUGUUCCAAUAAUCACCAUAAGGUCGUCUACUUCCUCAGAUCCAAUGGAGCAUUAUCGCUUUAGGACACCUAUGGGCUCCUCCCAUUCAGAGCAUGCUCCGAUAGCGAACAGCCGCAUGCGUGUUGAGACUAAAGCGGCAAAGACACUAGCAGUAAUAAUGGGUUGUUUCUGUCUAUGUUGGGCACCGUUCUUCAUAACCAACGUGGUGGACCCCUUCAUUCAUUACUCAGUGCCCUGGCAGCUGUGGACAGCAUGGUUAUGGCUCGGGUACAUCAACUCAGGGUUAAACCCCUUCCUUUACGCCUUUCUAAAUCGGGCGUUUCGGAGAGCGUUUCUGGUGAUUCUAUGCUGUGGGGAUGAGCGGUACGCGAGGAAGGCAAGCUGCUCAUAUGGACAUGCCAACAGAGCAUGCUCAGCUGCAUCAGUGAAUGGGACCUCCAUGGCAUUAAGGUUGUCCUUCCUGCCAAACCGUAGCUACAGUGACAACGGACGAACGAUACUGGCCAACGAACACGAGUCCCAGGACUCUCUUGGACCACUAUGA